AUGAUGGUCGAACUUUCGCGAGAGCAGUUUCGAACUAUGAUUUUAUAUGAUUGGAAAACUGGUCUAACAAGCAAAGAAAGUCAUGCCCGUUUGAUUACAGCAUGGGGUGAUCAAGCUCCUUCGGAUAGAACGGUUCGUACUUGGUUUCAUGAAUAUCAACAAGGAAAUCUCAAAGUAGAAGAUCGUCCACGCUCUGGUCGACCGCGAACUGCCGUUACAGAAGAGAUGAUCGAUGCUGUGCGUGCUAUCAUUGAAGAAGAUCCACAUUCGACCUACCAAGAGAUACAGCACAUCCUCGACAUCAGUUCGGCAUCAGUUAAUUCAAUUAUUCAUGAUUAUUUGGACUUACGCAAAGUUUGUGCUCGAUGGGUGCCACAUCAGCUCACUGAUGCCCAGAAACAAUUGCGCGUGGAUUUCUGCCGUCAGACUCUGAAAAGAUUUGAAGAGGGUCGAUCUCGUCGUGUGUCUGACAUUAUCACGGGUGAUGAAGCAUGGUUUUACAAUUUCGAUCCAGAAACAAAACAACAAUCAACCGUUUGGAUCUCAAGAAACGAGCUGCGUCCAACGAAAGUUCGACGAAACAAAAGUUCCGGAAAACGAAUGGUGGCAAUUUUCUUUAUGAAGACAGGUUUAAUCAAACCAGUUGUCUUAGAAUCCGGUCAAACAGCGAAUGCCAACUGGUACGUGAACCGUUGCUUGCCAAAGGUCUUCGAAGCUGUCUCAGAACGAAGACCGAACAUCGGUGUUCACAGUCUUAUUCUUCACGACGAUAAUGCCAAACCUCAUCGAGCUUGGAUAACAAAUGAAUUUUUGUUCGAGAAUCAUGUUGAAUCCUAUCCAAAUCCGCCUUAUUCCCCGGACUUAAGUCCAUGCGACUUCUUUCUGUUCCCGAAACUGAAAAAUCAACUCCGUGGGAUUCAAUUUCACGACGACAAUGAAAUGCUUGUUGCAUUAGAUCAAGCUAUCGGUAGCUUAACUCGGAAUGACUUCCAAGACUGUUUUGCUGACUGGUUUGAUCGAAUGAAAAAGUGUAUUGAUGCUCAGGGACUAUACUUUGAAAAAAUAAAUUGA